UUUCAUUCAUAAAAUGACAGUUGGAUGGCAACACUGGUUUGCUCUGCAGCUCAGUCUCAUCGGUGUGUUUAUUUUACCUCAGAUUCAGAAAGCAACCGAGUGUAUUUUAAGGUUAUAACUUAUAAACUGUUCAAAAUUAUAAUGAACUCAAAAAAGAAGCAAAAUAUUAACUUCAUUAAACCAGCAGAGCCAGCAUUUAUAACAAGGUUGAAACAGCAAGCUGGCUAUGUAGAAGGACCUAGUGUCGACACAAAGAGAGAAGAACAACCACAAAUUGAUGACGAUGAUGAUUAUGAAGAUCGUGAUGAUGAGAAACCUGUUGUAGUAGUCAUGAAGGAGGGAGAUUUGACAGAAGAAGAUGCUGAUUUGUAUGCUAAAGUCAAAAAAGAAUUCGAUAAAAUUGACAAGGCAGACUUAUCCCAAAGAGUAAUAUUUAAAAGGAAAAAGGAAGCAAAAGAUGAAAGUUCCUCAGAAACAUCAAAUCCAAAAGAGGUCAAAAAGAAGAAGAAAGAAAAAGCUAAGCCAACAAAAAGUGUAUUAUCGUUUAAUGAAGAUGAAGAGGAAGAAUAGUAAAUUUUAGAGAAUAACUUUAUUUUGAUAAAAAUAGAUUUAAGAAAAUAAAUAUUUUGUACAAAAUGACAUUUUCAUAAUUUA